AGGUGGUAACACGAGUUAAUGCAAAAAUACACGAAUACACGCGAUGCCAAAACCCGCAGAAGAAAGCGUGUGCUAGCAGCAAUUACUACCAAAUUGACCCCAAAACGACGUCGAACAGAUUCAUCUGAUUCUAAAACGGCGUCGGAUUGAUUUAAUCAUAUAAAAAAACAAGGUGUGGAAGGACUGCGAAUGAGACAUGCCGGCCAUUUCAUGGUGUUAAGAGAAAAACAGAGUCCCCAAAUACUUUUAAAAAAAGAAAACACAGAGAAGAACAAAGUGCACCAAAAUCCUCUGAUUUUCUCAAAAUUCAAAUCUCUUGAGAUUAGAGAAUUUUUAGAUUCUGUAAUAUCUCUAUCUACAGAUCUCUGUAUAUAGAAAGAGGGUUUUUGUCGAUUUUCGUCUGCAUUGCUUUUGCUCUUUCCAGAGGAAUCUUAGGUCAUUUCGACUUAAGAUUUUUGAUUUUUGCGUCAGAGGAUAAUUUAUCCAUCUAGUUCGUUAAUUUUGCGUUUUAAGUUGUGCAAAUUCAGGAAGAGUGUUGUUCCGUUGUAACCGAUUCUAAAGAUGUCAGGUCGUGAACAAACAGGAGAGAAACUAUCAGAUUCUGAGUGCAUAGAAGAAGAGCCACGGCGUUCUAGAAUUGGGAAUUUGAAGAAGAAGGCUAUUACUUGUUCAAGUAAACUUACUCAUCCUUUGAAGAGAAAAGGCAAACGUAAAAUCGAGCUUCCUUUUAUUGAAGAUGUUAGGGAUGAGAAAGAUGAGAAGAUUGUUUCUAAAUUGCGUCAACAACUUCUCAAGAAAGAUUUGUUGCCUCCAAUGCAUGAUGAUUAUCAUAUGUUGUUGAGGUUUCUGAAAACAAUGGAAUUUAAAAUCGAGAAAACUGUCACUGCAUGGGAAGAUAUGCUCAAAUGGAGGAAAGAAUUUGCAACUGACCGCAUUAUACAGGAUUUUAAUUUCAAAGAGUUGGACCAAGUGACACGGCACUAUCCUCAAGGGUAUCAUGGAGUUGAUAAAGAUGGGAGACCUAUUUAUAUCGAAAGACUUGGAAAAGCUCAUCCUGGUAAGCUUAUGGAGGUAACUACCAUAGAGCGAUAUUUGAAGUACCAUGUACAAGAAUUUGAGAGGACACUUCAAGAGAAGCUCCCUGCGUGUUCAGUUGCAGCUAAGCGACGAGUUACUACAACAACUACGAUUCUAGAUGUUGAAGGCCUGGGUAUGAAGAACUUUACUCCUACAGCUGCUAAUCUCCUGGCCACCAUUGCUAAAGUAGAUUGCAAUUAUUACCCUGAGACUUUGCACCGAAUGUUCAUUGUCAAUGCAGGGAUUGGAUUCAGGAAUUUUCUUUGGCCUGCCGCACAGAAGCUUGUUGAUCCGAUGACUAUUGCAAAGAUACAAGUUUUGGAGCCAAGGUCCUUGUCAAAGUUACUUGAAGCAAUUGAUUCCAGUCAACUUCCAGAGUUCUUGGGAGGCUUAUGCAAAUGUCCUAACGAGGGAGGGUGCUUGAGGUCUAACAAAGGACCCUGGAAUGAUCCUGAAAUAGUUGAGCUCAUUCAUCACAUGGAAGUUAAUCCUGUACCGCAAAUCACAACAGCUCCUCUUCAUAUAAGAGAUUCUGAUUCUACCACUUGCACGAUCCCGCCUAAAGAAAGGUAUAACAAAACUUUUAAAGAAGAGCCAGAAUCUGAAGAAUAUUACUCUUCCAGUGGGUCAAGAUCUUCAAUGUACACUUGUUUAGUUCCUCCACUCUCCGAUAAGGCUAGUACAUCAGACGGUGAUAAAAUCAUUACUACCGUGGAAUCUAUAGAACCGGCUCAAUCCCAUUUACUUAACGCGGACACCGAAAACUCUUUUGCAAAUACAACCAUAAGAGAAGGUGGUCAGAUGUUACGGUUUGGUGCUCUUAGAGAGAAAAUCAACGGCGAGAACAUCUUUCACUUGGUGAAAACACUACUAGCCUUUCCACUGAAGCUAUUUGUCUUCGUUGGUUUCCUAUUGCCUGGAUACUGGCAAAGACAGAACAAUGUCGUCGUCCCAGAAUCAUCAAUAAACAACCAGGUUCUCGAGUGUUUAGAUCGUCUUAAGAAGAUGGAGGAAGAAUUCACAGAGAUUAGUAGAAAACCAGUAAAAAUCCCAGAAGCAAAUGAGAAGCUCUUAACGGAAUCUCUCGAGAGGAUCAAGUCUCUAGAACUCGAUCUCGACAAAACCAAAUCAGUAUUACAUAUAACAUUAACAAAACAACUUCAGAUCACAGAACAGCUUGAAUCUCAUUACCAAGAACGAAGAAAACGAUGCUGUAUCUGAAGCUUUUGGUCAUUAAAGUUAACGGAGAGAAAAAGAAAUUAUAUACGCAGACCUUUGGUUUUAUUUUGGUCUAUGCCUUGUAAAAAUUAUAUAAUAUUUCCGAGUGAGGAACAAAUCUCGAUUAUGUUUGAAAGUUGAAACUCUUUAAUUCGCUAGUACGAAAAGUUUACAUAAAUCAUGAAAUAAAGUUGGAAUAACAUACAUUUAUGGUUA